AUGACACCACUCACGAUUCCGCCGUGUGCCCUGGCCAGACUUCCAGCCGGAGUGAGAGAAGUUCCAGCCCAUUUCUCUACACAACAAGUCCGAUUAGACGGCCCCCUGUAUAGCCCUGACGGCCUAGCGACUCGACUGUAUCAGCCAACCGGCCAGCCGGCCUGUCUGUGGAAUAGAACUGCGGCUAUUUUUGUCCUUUUCCCUCAUCUUAAGGACUGGAUGGCUAUUUUGCCUGGCAUCACUUCGAGCCGGCCGAGAGAGGGGAAAAAGUUGGGGGUGACGAGAACAGGGUUUUUAAGGGAACCCGAGCGAAGCAGAGACGGCGUACAGAAAGGUUUGCCCAAAUCCGUCUCGUCCCGCAGUUUUCCCGCCAGCCGCUAG